AUGGGUUCUACAUCUCCUGCCCCAGCUUCAUUGCCUCCCGACUUCCAAUGGGGAUUUGCGACAGCGUCCUACCAGAUCGAAGGAGCUGUCAAUGAAGAUGGUCGCGGAAAGUCAAUCUGGGAUACUUUCUGUCACUUGAAGCCAACAAGAACAAAGGGCGCAAAUGGUGAUGUUGCAUGCGACCAUUAUCAUCGCUACGAGGAAGAUUUUGAUCUUUUAACCAAAUACGGCGCAAAAGCAUAUCGUUUCUCAAUCUCUUGGUCGCGAAUUAUCCCUGACGGUGGAAGAGGAGAUGACGUGAACGAGCAGGGAAUUGCGUUCUAUAACCGGCUUAUUGACUCUCUACUUUCCAGAGGUAUCGUACCUUGGGUGACUUUGUACCACUGGGACCUGCCUCAAACUCUUCACGAUAGAUACGGCGGCUGGCUGAAUGUAGAGGAGUCACAAUUAGAUUUUGAGCGAUACGCCCGGAUCUGCUAUGAGCGCUUUGGAGAUCGAGUCAAGAACUGGAUUACACUGAAUGAGCCGUGGAUCGUUUCAAUCUUUGGAUAUUCGACAGGUGGAAACGCCCCAGGAAGAAGCAGCGUCAAUCCUCAAUCUUCUGAGGGCAACUCUGCGACGGAGCCUUGGAUCGUCGGAAAAGCUCUCAUCCUAAGCCACGCGCGUGCAGUCGCCCUUUACAACAAAGAAUUUCGGUCAAUACAGAAUGGAAGAAUUGGGAUAUCUUUGAAUGGCGAUUUCUUUGAGCCUUGGGAUGCCCAAGACGAGCGUGAUCGCGAGGCUGCUGAGAGACGAAUGGAGUUUCAUAUUGGUUGGUUCGCCAAUCCAGUGUGUCUCGCACAGGACUAUCCCAAGUGUAUGAGAGAGCAGUUGGGUGACCGUCUACCUAAGUUCACAGACUCCGAGUUUACUCUGCUCCGCGAAGCCAAUAUGGACUUCUACGGAAUGAAUUAUUACACAUCUCAGUUCGCACGCCAUCGCGACGAGUCACCCUCUAUAAAUGACUAUUUGGGAAAUCUAGAAGAACUCCAGGAGAACAAGGAGGGCGUGUCAGUUGGUGAACCAUCUGGCGUCCAUUGGCUUCGGUCGACCCCAAAGCUGUUUAGAAAGCACUUGACUCGAGUUUACCGCAAAUAUGGGAAACCCAUCUACGUUACUGAGAAUGGCUGUCCUUGUCCAGGAGAAGAGAAGAUGACUGUAACCGAGGCAGUGAACGAUACAUAUCGAGUUCGGUAUUUUGAAGACCACAUCGAGGCUGUUGCGCUGGCGCGCAGCGAAGAUGGUUCUGACAUUAAGGGUUACUUUGCCUGGUCAUUGAUGGAUAAUCUAGAAUGGUCUGAUGGGUACGGAGUUCGGUUUGGUGCAACUUUCACUAACUACGAUACCCUUGAAAGAACCCCGAAACAGUCUGCAUUGCUUCUAAAAGGGAUGUUCGAGAAAUACACAGAGCCGAGGAAGUACUUGUAG